GCCAUGCUGCAGGCCGAGCUGUUCCCGGGGCUCGGCAUUCGGCUUCUAGCGGCCUUGAUUCGGCUCAGCGAAGGUUGAACACGGCGCUAUGGAGCACUCAGGGCGCAAGGCGAAUGGUGCCCAGAAGGACACGGCGUUGUGGGGUGGUGCCCCCCAGUAUGACUACGUCCAGUUUGAGCAUUGCACCAGUUAUGGGAUCCCAUCAGAGGCCGGCCAUGAGACUGGUGGGACUGGAGACAACACGCAUUACCAGGAGAAGGCCUUCAACCAUCCUCAGCUGUAUGGCCAGUACACAGACCAGCUGCCCAGUCUUUCUGAGAAGGAAGCAGCCGAACUCCUGAGUGAGAAAAAACCUCAAGACAAUGGGCAGAGCCCCCUGAAGCGGAGCAGUCAGGCUGAAAUCAAAGAGGAACGUUACUCCAAGUGCCACGCCUGUGCCAAACGCAUCCAGAAGUAUGUUACCAAGAAGCUGGGAGAAGACUGGAUAUUCUUGGUUCUCUUGGGCCUUGUCAUGGCUUUGGUGAGCUGGGGGGUGGAUUAUGCCAGUGCCAAGAGCCUGCAAGCUUAUAAGUGGAUUUACAAAGAGAUGGGACCGAGCAUCCCAAUGCAGUUCCUGGUCUGGGUGACCUACCCCCUCAUCCUUAUCCUCUUUGCUGCCCUCUUCUGCCAACUAGUUUCUCCACAAGCUGUGGGUUCUGGGAUCCCAGAGCUCAAAACUAUUAUGCGGGGAGUAGUCCUCAAGGAAUACCUCACACCUAAAGCUUUUGUAGCCAAAGUAGUAGCGUUGACAGCUGGUCUGGGAAGCGGGAUACCUGUUGGGAAAGAGGGCCCCUUUGUGCACAUUGCCAGCAUAUGCGCCGCUGUGCUCAGCAAGUUCAUGUCCAUCUUUUGCGGUGUAUACGAGAAUGUGCACAGGCAGCUCGACCUCCUGGCAGCGGCUUGCGCAGUUGGCGUUGGAUGUUGCUUCGGGGCACCUCUUGGAGGUGUUCUCUUCAGCAUCGAAGUGACCUCCACCUACUUUGCGGUCCGAAACUACUGGCGCGGGUUCUUUGCAGCCACAUUCAGCGCCUUUGUUUUCCGAGUUUUUGCUGUCUGGAACAAAGAUGCAGUCACCAUCACAGCCCUGUUCCGAACCAACUUCCGAAUGGACUUCCCUUUUGACCUGCAGGAGCUGCCCGCCUUCGCUGUCAUAGGGAUCUGCUCUGGGUUCCUGGGAGCGUUUUUUGUUUACUUCAACCGGCAGGUGGUUUUGUCUGUCCGACGCCACACGGCUCUAAGUAAAUUCCUAACCAAAUACCGCCUUAUAUAUCCAGGAGUUAUAACUUUCUUGAUAGCAUCUGUGACAUUCCCUCCAGGCUUCGGGCAAUUUAUGGCUGGAGAGCUGAUGCCCAGAGAGGCCAUUAGCAGCCUCUUUGAUAACUACACUUGGGUCAAGCACAUAGAAGACCCCCAGAUCCUGGGGAAGUCUGCGGUCUGGAUCCAUCCCAAAGUCAGCGUGUUUGUGAUCAUCCUCCUCUUCUUCCUCAUGAAGUUCUGGAUGUCUGUCGUCGCCACUACCAUGCCGAUCCCCUGUGGAGGCUUCAUGCCUGUGUUUGUGCUAGGGGCUGCCUUUGGACGCCUGGUGGGUGAAAUCAUGGCCUGGCUUUUCCCUGAUGGGAUACUAUUUGAUGGCAUUAUUUACAAAAUCUUACCUGGAGGUUAUGCGGUAAUCGGUGCUGCGGCUCUGACAGGUGCGGUAAGCCACACAGUGUCCACAGCGGUGAUUUGCUUUGAGCUGACGGGACAGAUCUCUCACAUCCUGCCCAUGAUGGUGGCCGUCAUCCUGGCCAACAUGGUGGCCCAGAGUCUGCAGCCGAGCCUGUACGACAGCAUCAUUCAAGUGAAGAAGUUGCCCUACCUGCCUGACUUGGGAUGGAAUCAAAUCAGCAAAUACAACGUCUUUGUCGAGGAUAUUAUGGUGUGUGACGUCAAAUUCAUCUGGUCUAACUGCAAAUACCGGGAUCUGAAGGCGCUGCUACAGGACACAGCUUUCAAGACCUUUCCUUUAGUGGAUUCCACAGAAUCCAUGAUUCUCUUGGGCUCAGUGGAGCGGCCAGAGCUCCAGGGCCUUCUGCUCAGACACCUCUGCCCGGAGCGACGUCUUCGCCUUGCCAAGGAGGCGCUUCAGAAGCCAGACGAGGCACCAUACGAUGAGAAAUCUGGGUGGAAGCACGCAUCCUUUGCUUUUGUGGAUGAAGAUGAGGAUGACGAAGAGAAGACUGAACUGCCUCAGCUGCCCCCAUUAGCCUCCAGUCACCCAGAAGAACCCAACGGCCCUGUGACUCCUCACAAGCCUUUGCCAGAGACACCAACUCCUCAGGAAACUCCAGGCCAGAGGUUCUGGCGACUGACACGGCAGCUCCUGUGCUUUUACCGUCCUCCACCUCGACCAGAGCUGACUGAGCAGGAUUCAAUGGACAUUGUUGAUACCAUGAAGCCAGAGGAGAUAGAAGCUUGGGAGGAGGAGGAGCUGGAGAAAGAGGUGUGCUUCGACAGCUGCCGCAUAGACCCUUCUCCCUUUCAGCUGGUGGAGAGGACAUCCCUGCACAAGACACAUACCUUGUUCUCUUUGCUGGGCCUCACCCAUGCCUACGUAACCAGCAUGGGGAAGCUGAAAGGCGUGAUUGCAUUGCAAGAGCUCCAGAAAGCCAUUGAAGGCUCCACCAGCUCUGGCGUCCAGCUGCGCCCUCCCCUUGCCAGCUUCCGGGACGCCACCCAGACCUCAACCAAGGAGCACGCGAAAUGGGCCACACAGGCAUGGAGCAAGCCCAACGUAAACAUGGCGCCCGGGGGAACCACUGUGGACUCAGGGACGGACACCUCAGUGGCCCCCAGUAGUCCGUGUCCACAACCAUCUUCCAGCCCAAAGGACAGGAAAGAGACGCGGUCUGUGUCGGUCGCCGAUAUGGAACUGGAGGAAAUGGAGCGUACUGGCCCAGCUGCCGAAAACAUCUCGGACAUCCUGAGAGACUUCGACCUGUACCCCUCUGACCUGGACGAGGAGGAUGAAGAUGUGCGGCUAUAAUUGUAUACGGAAGGGGGCUCAAUCCACCCCCUUCACCAAGCUACUCCUGCUUCACUUGUGCUUCGGGGGGAGUCCUGCGGC